AGUCCCUUCUGUUUACAGGCUACUCAGUGGUGAGUGACAGGCAAAGUUACAGAAGUCCGGCCCAUUCUGGUAUUAGAUUGUAAUGUAAGUCAGACGUCUCUCUCAUCAGGAAACAGAUCCUGAUUUUACCCCUCAUGCUACGAUCUUUAUUACUCGUACAGCGGAUAACGUACUUUCUCCCUACACUUGCAUUUGCACCCUGGAGAGAAGGAGUUCUGGAAACUGCACCACUUGCAAAAGCGCCAUUCCGAAAACACUUUGUCAUUAUUGGUGUACUAAACGCAAUGGAGCCCGCCUUUGGGGAGGUGAAUCAGCUAGGAGGUGUUUUUGUCAAUGGCAGACCCCUACCCAAUGCCAUCCGGUUGAGGAUUGUUGAACUUGCACAGUUGGGCAUCAGACCUUGUGACAUCAGUAGACAACUGCGGGUUUCCCAUGGUUGUGUGAGCAAGAUUCUGGCCCGCUACAACGAAACUGGUUCCAUCUUACCUGGAGCCAUCGGAGGCAGUAAGCCCAGGGUGACGACCCCGACCGUGGUCAAACAUAUCCGGACAUACAAGCAAAGGGACCCCGGUAUCUUCGCUUGGGAGAUCCGGGACCGACUUUUGGCUGACGGGGUGUGCGAUAAAUUCAACCUCCCCUCAGUAAGCUCCAUCAGUAGGAUCCUUCGCAACAAGAUCGGGAAUCUGUCCCAGCAGAAUAAUUACGAAUCAAACAAGGCGGUGCACCACCCUCCACCUCAACCUAGUCUCCCGUACAAUCAUAUCUACUCAUACCCAAGUCCCAUCGCUGCAGCUGGUGCUAAAGUGCCAACUCCCCCCGGGGUACCAGCCAUUCCAGGACACAUGGCUAUGCACAGGAUAUGGCCUUCAUCACAUUCUGUUACCGAUAUUCUGGGCAUCAGAUCAAUAACAGAGCAACAAAUUAGUGACAGUUCUUCCUAUCCCAGCGCCAAAGUAGAAGAUUGGAGCACACUUAACAGAAGUAAUUUUCAUCCUUCAACCUCACCUGUAGUCAAUGGCAUGGAUAAAGCCCAGUUAGAACAAGAAGCCAAACAUGCACAGACGCUGAAUGGAUUGCCCACAGUGAACAGCUUUGUCUCGGCACCCAGCAUGGCGCCCUACCACCCACCAACCCAAGUGUCACCCUACAUGGCGUACAGCGCCACCACGUCGGGCUAUGUGACAGGUCACACAUGGCAGCACCCCAGUGGCAGUGCUCUCUCUCCCCACAGCUGUGACAUCCCAGCAUCACUUCGCUUCAAAAGCAUGCUGACAGCCAGAGAAGGUAGCCACCCUGUCACUGCCUCAGUUCUCUAACACACAUUCCCCACUCAAAACAACUUUGGGGGACCCACACUUGGCACAACGAGGUGUCCACUGUUUUUGCCUUCUCUGAUUCAAUGAUUCUAACACCCUAUGAGGACCUUCAGAAAGUUUUUUAAAUAAGCCCUGUUUUGAGCGCAACCGAGGUUUUGCCCAGUCCAAUUCCCAGGCCAAGUGACCUCCAAACCAGAGCAGCGCUAUAUAGUGAGAUUACCUGUGAAUUCCAGGUUUGAGCACUGGACUUGUAUGUAAUUUUACGAAAGCACACGUUAUACCCAGAAAAUGGUAUAAAGAACAUAUUUGAUGUCUCAUUAGAAAGUAAUAUUGGUGGUACAAUCAAAGUGUUUAUGUGAAGGUGACCUGAUAGAUUGUACUGUGUGGAAUACCGGUGCACAAAAACUGAAUAUCUUGUUCUUAGCCCUUGUGCACUUAAACAAUAAUGUAAUCUUCCUUCCAUAAAUCAGUUUAGUUAUAUCAUAUUUUUGCACACCUGGUAGUGAUGGGUUUAAAGUUCAAAUUUGAUUUUAAGGUCACGAAAACAAACAAACAAACAAACAAACAACAUGUGAGAGAACUUAUUUUGCUUCUGAAUUCAGUUUCCUCAAAGGGUUACAGGUACUUGGUCCAUUUUGGAUUUUUGUUUUCACAAGGUCACUCUUAUUUAUUAUGGAUCACAAUGAACAUUGAAAAAUAAGUGCAAUUAUGGUUGAGCGACACCAAGCAAAGGUUUUAUAUCCAGUAUAUUAGUUAGUCGGCUAUAUACAAACUUUGAUUGUUUUAAUCUGAUCGUGCUCAGUUGCUUUCUAAAAUCCACCUUUCUGACUAUUUUACAGUGACAGCCCAAACACAAAGUAUAUUCAUUUAAAUGAAGAUUUACAGUACAUUUUGAAUGCAACAGCAGGAAUUGGUAAAUUACUACAGGUUUUUUCUAUGCAGUACACUGUAUUUAAAACCUUUGUUUGUAUGCAAGAAUAACAUUACCUUGCACUGAAAAUACAAGAUACAAAGAUUCCAUGAAAGCUAAAAGUGACAUGGUCUAUUUAUGUGUAAAUACCAUAAUGUAAUUGUGAAGACUGUUUAGCAGAAAGACUGUGAUGGUCGUUUUUGAAUUCUAAGUUGUACUUGACUGAGGUUAAACGAUAAUGUAUCUUAUGUUGUUUGUAAAUACAAAGGACCAAAUUUAUUUUCUUAAACUGCCGUUAAGUCUCUGCUUCGCUUUACUGUCCCCGACUCCCUUUCUACAGCUUUACUCCUCCCUGUCUUGCAAAGGUGGCGGGCGGCCCAAACACUUUGACAGACAAACCUGCUCUCCUCUCAAACAAAAGCUGAACCACUGACACCCCAGGGGCACAAAAGGAAAUUAAUCAGCAAUUAAUAGAACUAUUAGAGGUUCCAUAAUUCAAUGCUUUUGUUUGAAGCCUCUAAUUAGGGGUUGCCAAUAUGAAGUAUCACAUUGUGGAAGUCUCAGUUUUUCUUUUAGAAAUUCAAAUCAAUCCAGUAAAUACAUUCUUUUUUGAAUGCUGCUUCACAAAGAAAUAUGGCCCUGAAAUCAUUUUUUUGAAUUAUUUAUUUCCUUUCAUUUAGAAAAAGUAUAAUUCUCUAAAAUAUUGCAUACUUUAGAGAAUGCAACCAAUGACUGGAAAUUACCUGAACAUCAAAUGGAUAAUGGCAUUUUACAUACCUAUUUAAUUAAUUAUCCAUACAUUGCCUUAAUGUGAACUAAAUGUGGACCAAAAGCAGACUUUUGCCAACACCACUGUGAAACUGAGCUGCCUGAUCCUUUCUGGCCAACAUUUCCUGAACAUAUUUAAGCAGAAAUACUAAUUUCCAGCUUUUCCUUUAAUGUAUAGCUUUUAAAUGAAUGUAAAGGCAGCUCGCUGUAAAGUUUACAUUGAUGUAAAUAUUUAUUUGUGUGUAUGUAUACUGGUGGUGGUGCUGAGUACCGAGUUAUUUAAAUGUAAUUAGUUAUUAUUUUUAAUAUAGUUUCUGCAUUUUUUCAUUUGUAGUUUAUAAAUCCACACAAAAGGUGCAUUUACACAGGUCUGACCAUAUAUUUAGAGACACAAACAUGCUUAAAUUGGGCAAAAAAAAAACAAAAAUGUAAAAAUUAUUUAAGUCCGAUUUGCUAUUCAUGAAACCUUUCUAGGAUGAUUAUAAAGAAGGUUUAAAAUGUAUUAUCUCUCUGUAGAAAACAUUUGCAGUCUUGUAUAUAAUUGGUUUCAAAACAUUUCUGAGUGCCCAAACAGAUUCUGGACACCUGAUUUCAACUAAGAGUAUAAUAAUAAUAAUAAUAAUAAUAAUAAUAAUAAUAAUAAUAAUAAUAAUCUCUUCAGCAUUCUGCGUUAAACAGCGUGCUUUUAGAUCUCCUUUGUAUGUAAUUAACUCACAGCAAGAGACCCAGAAAGUCUAUCCAGAUGCUGAAGGUAUAACUAAAGCCUAAAAGGUAAUGCCUUUUCAGCCAUGGGUAUUUUCAACGCUUUUAAUUUAAUUGUAUCACACCACAUCCAAUUAAAUCUAUAGAAAAUGUAAUGUCUCUGAAAUUCUUCUAGUUUAGAAGUGAAGAUGUUAGGUUUAUUUUUUUCAUGAUGAACAGAUUACAGAAUUUGAGUCCAUAUCCACCACCUUCAAAAUCCCUGGUACAAAAUCAACUAGCAUUUUGCAAAAUUUUGCCAUGUACAGUAAAUGCACCUUUUGACAUUUCACACUAUAGAAUGAAAAGAAUGACCCUUUGAGAACUACACAUAACACAAAGAUAUCUUUAUAAAAUAUCUCAUGAAAAAAUAGCAUGGUACUGCUGACACUCCUGUAGAACAUAUGGAAUAAAGAUUUUCCAUGAGGUUAAAACAUACCUUUUUUCAAAGGUUUCUACAUGAGAAACACCAGGUGAGCUUGCAUUUGAAAGGAUGUCAAUGGACAAUCAAGCCAAUAUGGAAACUAACAUUGUAACAGAAUUAUAGACCAUAGAGUAGUGAAGCAAAAAGACACUGCCGUCGUCAUCAUCAUCACUACUUCCAAUUCUACUUUCCAAUCUGGAUUAUUGUAUGCGUUGGUUGUCUAGCUAUUUUAUCCUCAGCAUUAUUUAUCGUCAGUUCAUGCAUUGUGUACAGUAGUUAUUUCAUUUUUUAUUUGUACCAAAUCUCAAAAACGUCAAAUAUAUAUUUUUGACCAAACACAUAUUAGUAAAAAGGCAAAUAAUAAUAAUAAUUAUUAUUAUUAUGAAAUGUACACCAUUUCAAGAUCAGUAGUGCUGCAAUAGCUGGAGACUGAGAUAAUAUGAACAGUCUGGAAUAUACGUAAUUUAAGGAAAGGCACAGCUAAGCUUCAGUUUUGGUCACUACUUUUCACAGUAACUAGACUAGCAAGUUAAUUUUCAUUCACUAGAGUAGAGCAAUUCCUUUCUGUUAGCAAUCGUCUGGGCAAACGCCAGCAAAGAAUUUCUAUAAAGGUAUCUGUCUCCAGUUUUGAGUUUUCUGUAUAGUAUAUAAUCCAGUUCAACAGGCCAUGCUAUGACCUUUUCGUGUCAAAACAUAUAUACUACAUUCACAACUGCUGGUUAGAAAAUAAAGACUUGUUGCCAGCAGUUCUGGUUUUCAAUCCUAGUUGCUUGAACCCUGUGUUCCUCCCAUACAAGGAACACCCCAGUAAGGUAUAGUCUCAACUUCUUAAUUAUGAGAAUUGAAUGUCAUUCUUUUUUAUUUAACAUUUCUAUUCACUUAAAUAUUACAAAGUGUUCUCAGAAAGUGACAGGCUAGGGUGCCAUAGACCAGGAAGCCCAUGCAGUGAUGUCACUUCCGGUGCACAUUAUUGAAGGGAUUUUUGCAAAACUGGUUUGCCCACUCCUAGUCCUAACAAGAAAGAGUGCAGUAAAAUAUCAAGUCAUUUCAUGCUAUGCAUGUGAGUUUAAAGUAAACAACUAAGACAUUUUUAUUUGAGUGCUUUGCUGAACCUACAAUUGACCAUAAUACAGUAUAUUACUAAGGUAUUGCAACAAAAAAAGGAGUAAAUCACUGUUGUAUUUUGGGUCAGAAAUAGAACAAAAUAAUUGGUAAAGAAAAGUGGGGGUCAAACUAUCAGAGCCAUAGAAAUGUUAUUGCUUAGUUCUCAAAGGGUUCAUACUUGAAUUUUAUUAGAAAAAUAUUCAAAAUCCAGAGUUUUUGUGAAAGAGGAUUCUUGCUUUGAUGGUAAUCCUAAACUUUUCUUUGUAUAAGCCAGAGUGUCUAAUUCAAAGCUGAAAUCAUGUUUCUAUUGGAUGUACAUCAUAAGGCUGUAUCUGUAUAUAUGUAUAAAGCCUUUUUUAUUUUUAUAUCUCAAAUGCUCUAAAUUAAAAACAAUGGAAGAGUUA